GCGCACGCCGUGGCCCCGCCCCUCGCGUUGUGCCACGCCCUCAAAGGCUCCGCCUCUGCCGCCUGGAUCCCACCCCUCUAUCUGCAGGACCCCGAACCGUAAUGAUCCUACAACAGCCCCUGGAACGAGGCCCCCCGAGUCGGGACCCACGGGCCACCACUGGGGUGACUCGCGGCCUGGACGCCAGGGAGCCCAUGCACAAGCAGCUUCUGUCUGACGAGAACAUGGCCACCCACUUCUCCCGACUCAGCCUACAUAAUGACCACCCCUACUGCAGUCCCCCUGUGACUUUUCCCCAAGCCCUGCCACCACUCAGGAGCCCUUGCCCAGAGCUGCUUCUCUGGCGCUAUCCUGGGAGCCUGAUCCCUGAGGCCCUCAGGCUGCUGAGGCUGGGGGAUACCCCCAGUCCCUUCUACCCUGCAUCCCCAGCUGGGGAUAUCAUGGAGCUCUAAGUGCUGAUGGCCAGUGUCCCUCCCCACCUUGUUCCUGACAACAAAGACCAGCAACCCCGAGAGGGAUGAGGUCCUUCCCCUAUAACAGGAUAGAUGAUAUUGAGCUCAAUGAAACCCUGAAUGGCAGAGGCAGCAGCUUGGGAAGGGAAAGCAUCACCCCAUUAGUGAAUAAAGAUUUCUGAGCAGUU